AUGUCCAUUCGCCACAGACUCGUCUCCCCCGCCUGCUCAGCCCUGGAUCAUGCAUGUCCUCCCAACAAGGUGGCGAGAUAUCAGUCAUUCGUUGCCCGUAUUGGAGCUUUCUAUGAUCCUUGCCUCCGUGUCUCACCGAAACAGUACCAGCUAGCAAAGGAUCAAGCCUUCGUUAGGAAGGAGCGACGGCGACUACACCAACUCCUUCGCCAACUACUCAACAACCCCAAUCCCGUUAAGAAGCGGUGGGCCCGCGACUUAGCCGUUUACCACGACAACCUCCUCGCACUAGUACGGCAGAUCCACAUCGACAACAUGGGCCAUGUGGACUAA